AUGGACGACCCUGACAACGACACAUUGGCUCGCGAUGAUGGGCUCAGCUUCAGCGAUUUAUGCACUGAUGAACGUGACCUGCUGCUGAGGGCUCGCGCUGCCGGCGUCGUUGCGUACUUCUACUACGGCGGCCUCGACAACGGCUCUCCGGAGCGCGAAGGCAACGAGGACUCCAACGAUGUGACCUCGGGUGACGAAGACCGUCUGGACAUGCUCUCGUGCGAAUGUGGACAGUGCCAGGUGCUGACGAACUUUCUUGAGCAGGAGUGUCUGUGCUGUCGCGAGAUGGGUGCACCCGUAACUGUUGCCCAAUCACAGGGUUGCAUCAUGGAGCACCCGGACUUAAAUGUUCUCUGUCUGAACAUUGCCGCGCUCCGUGUGGCGUACCUCGAACUUCGUUCAUGGGAGCACACCAUGUACGAUGAAAUGCGCAAGUAA